AUGUCCAGCAGCUGUAAGCAAAAGCCUAGAGGCUUUGGGAGCGACAUCCACAGACUGCUGCUGGCUGCUGAAGCUGGUCAGAAGGCCGAUAUUCUGGCCUACUCCUCGGGUCAUCUGGGGCCCCGCAGCCUGAACCAGAGUCUGCCUCACAAUGAGACAAAGCAGCCUUUCUGGAGGAUGUCUCAAAGCCAAGAAGAAACCCCAAACCCCCUGACACUCCAGCAGAGACAGACAAAGGCACUGGCCUAUGUAAAGAAGAAAGAAAUGAAAGAUUCUCCUUCUGAGUUCACCACUGGCACUGCUUUGGUGGAGUCUGAAGUGUUGCGGUCAAGACAAGAUCAGGCUACUGAUCACUCAUCACAUGCUGACAGAAAAGAAGAUACAAGUCCACCAAAGAUAGUUCAUUGUUCCGCAAACUCUUUGCCAGUUAAUCCAAGAGUCCUUUUCCAGAAAAAGUCACACUCUUCAUGUGAUCAGGGGGGGAAGCAGCAGUUUCACUCCUGCCAUACUGACCAGGUAGGCCUGAAUAAGGAAGACCAGCUGAAAAAAAAACUGCAGUGUGGCAGGCAGGUCAUAGCCCAGCAGGACCUCUGGGAUUGCAACAGUAUGGGAAGAGUAAAUGUUGCUGAAAUGCAUGAGAGGAAACUACAAAAGGAGCUGAAGAAGCUGUCAGAGCAGAGCUGGCCCAGCACAGACCGCCUUGUGGUGUUCAGUGACGUCUUUGAUGAUGUAUGUGAAGGCUCGCCAGUAUUUGGACGCAUCCUGAGGGAAAUUAAGACAGAAUAUGAUUUGUAUGUCAAUCAUAUGAUGGCUUCCCAAUCUUCAUCCCCUGACAUGUGGCUGAAUACUUCACUUGAAGAUCUUGGCAAUGACAAAGUAGAGUUGGAAGACGCUGAAAAAGAGGUCUGCAGGUUGGAGCAGGAGGCAAGAAGAGCUCAAGAGGAGAACAGACGAGCCCAAAAUGAAUUACAAAAUGUUCCAGCUGUCAUACACCCAGAGGACAAAGACGUGCAGAAUACAUCUCUGUCAGGGUUGCAGGACAGUAGCUGCACCAACAGUGUCCAAUCCAAGAGGCUUCAGGUAUUGAAUGUGUGGAAGGAGGUCCAACAGCUGGAGGUGGAGAUUAACAAGAUGGUAUCCACUGUUGCAACCACUGCUACAGAGAGAUGCAUUAAAGACCAGAAGACCGAGAUAAUGAGACUAAUAGCCUCAAAUGACCGUCUGAAAAUCACCAACAAGGAACUGGAAAACAAUAUCAAAAUGACACUGAGCAGAGACAAAGCAAGCAUGGCGAUAAGACGGUACAUGUAA